AUGAUAAAUACCAAUAAUGUUACAAUACAAAUAUAUAAUAAUGCAAAUCCACGUAAAUCAAUGAAGGUGCAUUAUUUAAGAAAAGAAACUGAUAGAAGGAAAUUUAUGCAAAUGUGCUCAACUGUUUUAGGUUCUGGACAUCAUCAUUAUUAGAACUAAGAGCUUCUAGGAUAUUUGAUCAAUCAGGCAAAGAGAUAUUGGACAUUGAUAGAAUAUAAAUGGGAGGGAAUUAUUUCAUAUCUAGUGUAUAUCUAAAAUGUAUUAUUAAUAUAGGGAGAGGAGUUUAAUAAUUUUAAUUCUAAUUUUUAAAAUUCUUCAGCUGAAUCAAAAUAAUUAGUUUAAUAUAGAAUUUCAUUAUUAGGAAUGGGUUCUGUUGGAAAAUCUAAUUUAACAACUCGAUGGGUUAAUAAUGAAUUUUUUGAAGAUUAUAGUCUUACUCUUUUAGAUAAAUACACAAAAAGAGUAAUUGUAGGUGAGUAACAUUGUCAAAUUGAAGUAAAUUAUAUAUCAAUUAAUGAAGAUAUCAGAUACAUGUGGUUAAGAAGCAUACACAUCAUUGAGAACUUAAUGGAUGAAGGAUAAAGAAGGAUUAAUAUUCACAUAUGCAAUAAAUUCUUUAGAAAGUUUUGAAGAUAUCAAAAAUACUUUAUUGUUAUUUUAAUAGUUAUUUAAGAUGCAAGAAUAGGUACCAUCUAUUGUUAUUGUUGGAAAUAAAACUGAUUUAGGUUCUGAAAGAGUUAUUACACAUGAUGAAGGAAAGUAGUUAGCUGCUUAAUUCUAAGCAUUAUUUUAUGAGACAUCAGCCAAAAAUGGAUCAAAUGUCAAUUAAAUGUUUACUGGUCUUAUUAAUGAUAUUAUUCAAAAAAAAUAAUUCAAGAAAGUAGAAGAAGAUACAUAAAAUUAAAAAUAAGGAUGGUGCUCAUUAAUAUGA